AUGGAGAGGACAAAGAGAAGCCUCAUCCUCAAGACAUGGGAGCGCUGCCGUUCCAUAGGUCGCGGAAAGAAGCCCUCACCAGCGGAGGGCCACUUCUCCCCUUCACCGGAGAGGAGGCUGAGGAGAGGGGUUUCCGAGAAGCGCCGGGUGGCGCCGGAGGGCUGCCUCUCCGUCUGCGUGGGGUCGGAGAAGGUGAAGUUUCUGAUCAAGAUGGACUACGUAAACCACCCCCUCUUCAAGCUUCUCCUGGACGAGGCCGAGAUGGAGUACGGCUACGCCAACGAGGGCCCUCUCGUGCUCCCCUGCGACGUCGACCUCUUCCAGAGCUUCCUGUGGGAGAUUGAGCAGGACGCCAUAGCCCGCCCGGGGUGCAACUUCGCCAAGGGCGGAGUCUACCAGCUGCUCAGCCCCUCCCGGACUCCCAUGGUCUUCCGGGUCCAGCCCUGCUGA